GCCGUGGGGCGGGAGAAGAAGCGAGCCCCCUGGGACCUGAAGGGGCAGGUGGGCGACCUGCAGGCCAAGGUGGGCGCCUACAAGGAGAGGAUCCAGGGGCUGCUGGGGGAGAACGAGGCCCUGAAGAGCCAGCUGGGGGGGCUGCAGCAGGAGCUGAAGGAGGCGACCGCCCGGAAUGGGGAGCUCGGCGGCCGGGCCAGCCUGCUGGCUUCGGAGCUGCAGGCCUGCCGAGACCAGGCCAGGGAGAGCGGCCAGAAAGUGUCGGAGCUGCUGGAGAAGGAGCAGCGGCUGGAGGAGACGUGCCGGGCCCAGGCCCAGAGGAUCGGGCAGCUGGAGGCCGUCAACCAGGAGGUCACGGAGGGCAGCCGGGAGCUGGCCGUCCGGCUGAGGGUCCGAGAGGGGGAGCUGCUGGUGGCCGAAGAGGGCCUGGCUGAGCAACGGCAGCAGAACGAGACGCUGACGGCCCGCCUGGCGUUGCUGGAGGAGCAGCUGCACGUGGGCGAGAUGGAGCGACGCUGCCUGCACAACGCCCUGCAGGAGCUGAAGGGGAACAUCCGCGUCUUCUGCCGAGUGCGGCCCUUGCUGGCCAGCGAGAGGCAGGCUCAGAAGCCCCCCAGCCACCUGCGCUUCCCGGCCGACAACAACAAGGGCCUUGUGCUCUCCAGGGCAGAAGAGUCCCACAUUGGCCGGGAGCGCAAGGAGGACAUCAGCUACGAGUUCAGCUUUGACCGGGUGUUUCCCCCGUCCAGCUCUCAGGAGAGCGUCUUUGAGGAGAUCUCCCUGCUUGUUCAGUCUGCCUUGGACGGGUAUCACGUCUGCAUUUUCGCCUACGGGCAAACGGGCAGCGGCAAGACGUACACGAUGGAGGGCCGCGAUGACCUGGGCCCCGAGACGGCAGGCAUGAUCCCUCGGGCCGUGCGACAGAUCUUUGCGGCCUCCCGUGAGAUGGAAGCCAAGGGGUGGAAGUACCAGUUCACAGCCAACUUCCUGGAGAUCUACAAUGAGAUGCUGCGGGAUCUUUUGUCGCUGCGGCCAGAGCAGAACGGGGAGCUGGAGAUCCGAAGAGUUAGCCAGUUCACGGAGGAGCUGCACGUCCCCAACCUCUCCUGCGUGCCCGUCUCUUCCGAGGAGGAGCACGGAGAGCGCAGCCGCAACAGAAAAAAGACUCAGCCCUUCUAG